ACUGUCAACAAUCUUGAACGACCACGGCAACAUGACGACUUACGAUGAUCGGACGCUCCACGUGCCGAAGCACACCGGACGCAACAUCUUCCCAUGUCAUCCUCUCUUCAAUCGACUGGUGCGAUUUGCGCAUAUUACACCGCCGAGACUAUGUGUCCGCGACGACAACACGGGCGUCGAAGCCACGCAUCUUCAGCUUCUCUCCGACGUCCUAGCUUAUCGCGAGCGGGUCUGGGAGAAUCUAAGCGAAACCGCACGAACGGCCCUCGAUCAACGCGAGGAGAUCUAUAUCGCUAUUCUUGCGCCAGGAGGCUAUGAGUUCACGGUGGCUAUCCUCGCAGCGCUUGCUCUGGGCGCGGCUGUGGUGCCAAUGACUGUCGUACUGCCUCCAGAAGAAGCUCUGUAUUUUGCAACCAAGUCGAAAGCUGUCGCAGUUCUGGUUUCGGAUGGAGCAUUACGACUGGGCUUGACCUUGGAGAAGCUGGUAAAGAAUCAGGAUCCGAACAGCUCCUUUGUAUGCAUACCUGUUGCGCCCUCACUGAAGACUCCCGCACUUCACCAUACCGACAUUCUGGUAUCCUCCGACCUCUACCUGAACGAUAGCGCGCCGGGCGUUGUCAUCUUCACUUCCGGCACAACUGGCAAACCAAAAGGGGCCGUCAUGCGCCGAGCAUGUGUCCACGACGAAGCAUUGGCCGUUGUGGACCACUUUCGAAUCACACCGGACGACGUUCUCCUUCACGUGCUGCCCGUUCACCACGCCACUGGCAUUGGCAUAAUGUUCUUCCCGUUCCUGGUCGGUGGAGCAACGCUGGAAUUCAAGAGUGGCAGCUUCGAUCCGGAGUUCAUUUGGGAACGAUGGCGCAAAGGUGGCAUCACAUUCUUCUCAGGCGUCCCGACCAUCUACAUGCGCAUGCAGAGGUGGUUUCAGAAUCUCUCGGCACAACAGAACAUGCAGGAGUACAUUGACGGAGCUAGGAAGCUUCGUGCAUGUCUCUGCGGAACGUCAGCAUUGCCAAAGCCAAUAGCAGACUUUUGGGCAUCAAUACUUGGCCGUUCGAUCGUGCAAAGGUAUGGCGCGUCCGAGAUUGGCGCGGUAUUCAAGGUCCACCUGCAUGAUCAAAAUGUCCCAGAUGGCUCGGUGGGAAAUCUCUUCGCUGGCUGCGAUGUCAAGCUUUCCGAGGGCGACCAAGGAGAAAUCUUGGUGAAGUCUCCAGGCAUGUUCUCCAAGUACAUAUUCGACCCCGAGGCCACGGCAUCGUGUCACACAGCCGACGGGUACUACAAGACUGGCGACAUUGCUCGGAGGGAAGGCGAGUACUACUUCAUCAUGGGCCGAGCCAGCGUCGACAUCAUCAAAAGCGGUGGCUAUAAGUUGAGUGCUCUUGACAUUGAGCGUGAGAUACUCUCCUUGCCGUAUAUCGCAGAGGUGAUGGUCGUGGGAGUGCCCGAUCUUGAAUACGGAGAACGAGUGGGCGCUGCGGUGUGCUUGAAAAACGAAGGUGAUAUGACGCCUGAAGACCGUCAGCAUCUCCUCACAGAUCUUACUAUUGAAAGGUUACGGCAGGAUCUUCGCUCCAAGAUUGCAUCAUACAAGAUGCCAACGAUCUUGCGUGUAAUAGCAGGGGAGCUCCCAAAGUCGCCGACCGGCAAGGUAGCAAAGAAACUGCUCGGUCCUGAAUUCUUUCCGCCUGGCAAGUAUGACCAGACACCUGAGGUGCAGGUGUGGAGCGCCAAAGUCAAGCCUUCCAAGCUGUGA